CGACUACAGUCCCCACCAACACGCCAGUCAAGUCAAACAAAGAAAUUUCUUCCCUCGAAGGCGCAGUGACGGAGAAGAAGUCUCCGAUCUUCCUCCGUUCUUGGAACGGCGCGCAAGAAGGCGCGAUGAAGUCGGAGACGGUGACGCUGGUGCUGGUGAAUCUGGCGUCCAUCAUGGAGAGGGCCGACGAGUCCCUGCUCCCGGGGGUGUACAAGGAGGUGGGCGCCGCCCUGCACGCCGAUCCGACGGGCCUCGGGUCGUUGACCCUGUUCCGAUCCAUUGUCCAGUCCGCUUGCUAUCCGCUCGCCGCUUACCUCGCGUCCCGCCACAACCGUGCCCACGUCAUCGCCCUCGGCGCCUUCCUCUGGGCCGCCGCCACUUUCCUCGUCGCCAUUUCCUCCACUUUCCUGCAGGUAGCAAUUUCAAGAGGCUUGAAUGGGAUCGGACUUGCAAUAGUAAUACCUGCAGUUCAGUCUCUUGUUGCAGACUCUACAGAUGAUAGCAACCGUGGGAUGGCGUUUGGAUGGCUGCAGCUAACGGGCAACAUCGGCUCCAUCAUCGGAUCGCUGUGUUCUGUUUUAAUAGCCUCAACAUCCUUCCUGGGAAUCCCCGGUUGGAGAAUUGCUUUUCACCUUGUCGCCAUAGUAAGCAUUAUCGUCGGUAUUUUGGUGUGGCUCUUUGCUAACGAUCCUCGAAAUUCUGAUGAAAAAAAUCGAGCAAAAGAUCUGAAUUCACGUAAGUCCUUCUGGUCAGAACUCAAAGACCUGGUUAAAGAAGCGAAAUCAGUGAUGAAGAUCCCAUCUUUUCAAAUUAUAGUGGCUCAGGGCGUGUCCGGGUCAUUCCCGUGGUCAGCUCUUUCAUUUACUGCAAUGUGGUUGGAACUCAUUGGCUUCACUCACAAUACGACAGCAUUCCUCAUGACAAUCUUCAUUAUUGCUGGUUCACUUGGUGGUCUCUUCGGAGGCUACAUGGGGGAUAUUCUUGCCAAACGGUUGCCCAACUCGGGUAGAAUAAUCCUGUCACAGAUAAGUUCGGGUUCGGCGAUUCCAUUAGCUGCGGUUUUGCUCCUGGCAUUGCCUGAUGACCCUUCCACAGCCUUCCUGCAUGGUCUGGUUCUGUUUAUCAUGGGUCUGAUCAUAUCCUGGAAUGCCCCAGCUACAAACAAUCCAAUAUUUGCAGAGAUAGUCCCUGAGAAAUCCAGAACAAGCAUCUAUGCACUGGAUCGCUCUUUUGAGUCCGUCCUGGCAUCAUUCGCUCCCCCAGUGGUUGGGAUUCUUGCUCAGCAUGUAUAUGGGUAUAAGCCAAUUCCCAAGGGAUCAUCCAACUCUGUAGAGAUAGAAACAGAUAGGGAAAACGCUGCAUCGCUUGCAAAAGCCCUUUACACAGCUAUCGGAAUCCCAAUGGUGAUCUGUUGCCUUAUUUACUCUUUUCUCUACUGCACGUACCCGAGAGAUAGAGACCGUGCAAGAAUGACUGCGCUGAUUGAAUCAGAAAUGCAGCAGAUGGAGGUCGAUAGCCCUCACUCAGAAGAAAAUCUGGACGGCCUCGAUAUGUUAAAGUCGAAUGGCAGUUAUGAGAAGGAGAGGAGUGUGAUUGACAUCAAUUACGGAAUGGACGAAAGUAUCAACUUGGAUGAUAACGACGAAAAAUCCUUGCUUUCGAGGCAGCUAACAUUUGCGGACGUCGAAGAAUAAUGCAAACUUGCAAUUCCUGACUCUUCAAGGAAUCAUCAAAUCAACCAUCUUUAAGAGCACUUUUCUUUGUAAAAGCUUUUCAUAUGGGAGGCAUUUCUUGUACAAGAAAUAGUUAAUGAAAGUGACUACUAUGGUAACUAUUUUUCCACUUCAUUUUCGUGUCAUCUCCUGGUCAAUGGAUUUCAGGCUGUUUAUCUUUCA